AUGUUUUCUAAGAUUUUCAUCUUACUUUGCAUUGUGAUUGCACUAUCAUCUGCUGUCCCAGCUGGUGGUGGUUGGGGAGGAAACCCAUGGACUGCUGCUGGAGGCAAUGGUUUAGCUCCUGGUGGUAACCCAUUCAUUCCUCCUUGGGUAGCCCAAGCGCCAUGGUUCCCUCAAUGGACUCCUUGCACCGUCAUCGGUUCAUCAUGCGUUGACUGCACAACUAAACAGGUCUGCACAAAGAUUGGUGGUAUCCAACGAGCCUGCGCUGACCCUACAUUGCCGUAUUGCAACCUCGGAGAAUGCUCAGCAACUCCAUCUGCUGAAUGCCAGCCAUCGACAACUGUUCCUGCGGAAACCGCUUAA